CAAUUCCUCCAUGUGUUUGUGUCUGUGUAUCACUACCAGUGAAGAAGAGGGGUGCCGUGUGAGCGCGCAAUCAAGUCCUGACGGCGUCUGAAGACACUGCACCGAUCCGCCCUUACAUAUGGCCGUCAUGAUAGCGCUAGUCUGAAGCCUGUUCACAUUUUGGAAUAAUGAACGUCCGCACAAGAAAUAAGUUCCUGAAGUUUCUUCUGAGAAGACGGAAAUUGUUCUUCUGGAUUAUAACAACGUCGGUGUUGUUCUGGGUAAUACAGCUGGCUGUAAGACGUCAUGGGACACAAGAUACCUUCAACAAUGACUUGUAUCUGCGUAAGUUGAGAGAUGACAGCCUUCAGCCUGCGGAACUCCAUUUACAGAAACCUUUGGUGCAAAAGGCGGAUAUAAAACUUCACGCUGCCACAAAGAAUGCCAGUAAGAUUUCACAAUAUGAAGUUUUUAUGAAUAAAAUACAAUUAAUAUAUAAAAACAUUCUCAACUGGAGUCGAAUUGUCAGUGAUGAGGAAUUGGAUCCGCUGCUGAACCGUCACCAUUUUGCCUACCAUCUGAGAGCAGGCGUGUGUAGGGAUGGUUCGCCAGACAUUCUGAUAUUUGUUCAUUCUGGAUGUGAAAAUUUGGCCAAGCGACAGGUGGUCAGGAAAACAUGGGGGUCGGUCAAGACGGUCAAAGGGCUAUCUUUUCGUACAGUCUUCAUGCUCGGUGAAACUAGAAUUCAAACCUUACAAAAAGCCCUUGAAUCUGAAUCAUUACUCCACGGGGAUAUAGUUCAAGGGAAUUUUGCAGAUGCCUAUAAAAACCUAACUUACAAGCAUAUCAUGUCGUUAGGAUGGAUCCUGAAGGCAUGCCCGGAUGUAAAAUUGAUCGUUAAGGUAGACGAUGACACGAUACUAAAUAUACACAAUUUGGUGGACUACUUUCAUGAUAGGGGCCCAAGGAACAAUCUGUUAUAUUGUUCUGUGUAUUAUAGACAAGGGCCACUGAGACACAACAAAACUAAAUGGUACGUCAGUCAAAGCGAGUAUCCUUUCCUGAAGUUCCCGAAUUACUGUGAAGGAUUUGGUUACAUCAUGUCACCGGAUGUCGCACGGACACUGUACAAAGCGUCUGAAGAUGCGCGAUUCUUCUGGGUGGACGAUGUCUACGUCACUGGUAUCCUUACGCUGAAAGUAGGUCUGACUUUGUCCAACUUAAUCGACGGCUAUUCUUAUAGACGGGAUGAAAGCAGCAGAGUGGACGUCAACAGAGCAAUGUUUAUGUCGGGAGUUAAGAAUUGGGAGUCCAUGUGGAAUAAAAUCUUUCCGAAAUCAUCUGCCUAGCAGUCAGGAGAAUGCUAAGGUAUACGUGUAAUCCAGUCGUCACCUAUCGCCCCUUUCCGUAACCUCUAUUCGGUUGGUCCCGGAAUAACACGAGUGGGUCACGAAUGCACGAAUGCGUGGAAUCAUACCCGGUGAUGUUAACUACAGGGGCGGUGGGGUAGGCUAAUGGGUAAAGCGUUCGUUCUUCACGCCACAGACCU